AUGCGUGUCUCAUGUGUGUUUUGUCGGGCCAUCUUCAGGACCUGGAAGGAUUUGGCCAGGCACACCGAGGAGGUCCAUCGAGAUCGAAGGAGGCAAGUCAGGUGCAGCAUAUGCCAAUUUCAAACAACCAGUGAAGAUGAGCUUCGCCGGCACUGCCGGCGAAUGCACGAGUCUGACCGUCACGACCGUCGCCGAGUCAUCAGGCCUUAUGGAGGACGCAACAGAUAUACAGCCAGCAGGCGUCCAGACAUGCCAGAAGAGAGAAGACCGGAAGGAAGUAGGCCUAGAGAAAACAGGAAGGAGUCGGAGAAGGAGACGAGGAAGGUGCAGACCCCCGAGCACCCGGCCCCCACCACAACGGCGCCGUCGACACCCCCACAACAGCUGGUGGAUGAAUCAUUUCUAACCAUUCAUCCCUCCCCCAAUGCCAUGUCCCAACUCGAUCUUGAGUCAGGGCCAACCCUGACCACAGCAGAGCUGAUGUCACUAAUGGGCAGCCUUUGCACGCCCAAUCCCCCCUCAAGCAUGUCGAUAAGGAGCAGUCCAAAGAAAGUUCAUUCUCCCCUUCCACCCGAUCAGCCUGUCGAUGUGCCGGCCACCCCUGCGUCGCCGAUGAGAAAGUGGCUUGAUGAAAUAGACGAAACCAUCAACCAGCUCUUGCCCCCACCACCCCCAGCGCCUGAUGAGGAACCUGCCGACACCGCAGCUCCCGCCCCCACGCCGACCCCUCCUGUGGCGACGACCACCCGGCCCCCGACCCCGUCCCCCAUCCCUGCAGCUGAGCCUGAAGCAAAAGAGCCCCACAGCCUGCCGGCGAACGACCCCCGUUUUGCCCGGAGUCGUCGGUCCGUCGCCCCCAGAACAACAGCAGGAGCCGAGGUAGAGAGGAUGAGACAACAAGCGCGUACAGACCCCAUGGCCAUCAGAAGCAGGAAGGAUGUUCUCCACCCCUUCGACUUCGGCGUGACUGUCCGAAUGGUGACGGAGUCGGCUACCUUCCCAGACGGACGGGCAUUCAGCACCAGCUACACGGAGUACAACCUGCCGUCCAUGCCAACAGCCGGCCCAAGGCUUUGGACAACGCAGGAGGAGCACGAGCCAUAG